AUGCCUCUGGCAAAAGAUUUGUUGCACCCGUCUCCUGAGGAGGAGAAGAGGAAGCCCAAGGAGAAGCAUUGGGUGCAGAGCCCAAACUCCUACUUCACGGAUGUCAAGUGUCCCGGCUGCUACAAGAUCACCACCGAUUUCGGCCACGCUCAGACUCUAGUGCUGUGUGUCGGAUGCUCCACUGUACCCUGCCAGCCCACAGGAGGCUGA